UGAAACCGGACGGCGGGACACGCUUCGUAUUGUAGGCUCCGUAUUUAUUUUAAAACAAUAAUUCUCAAUGAAAAAUACGCUUUAAAUAUUAUUCAUUUGAUUUUUUCUCCAAGUUAAAUUGUAAAUUAGUCAAGAAAAAAUAUCAAGAUGAGUACCAUAUUAGAAAAAAUUGCUGGGAUAGAGUCCGAGAUGGCUAGAACUCAGAAAAAUAAAGCCACAGCUCUUCAUUUAGGUAUUUUAAAAGCUAGAUUAGCUAAGCUAAGACGUGAAUUAAUCACCCCAAAAGGUGGCGCUAGUGCAACUGGAGAGGGGUUUGAUGUUGCCAAAACUGGUGAUGCUCGUAUAGGCUUUGUGGGUUUUCCGUCAGUUGGGAAAUCAACAUUAUUGUCCAACUUGGCUGGUGUGUAUUCUGAAGUAGCAGCAUAUGAGUUUACCACUUUAACAACAGUUCCUGGUUGUAUUAAAUAUAAAGGGGCAAAAAUACAGCUUCUCGACUUGCCUGGUAUUAUUGAAGGUGCUAAGGAUGGUAAAGGUCGUGGUCGGCAAGUAAUUGCUGUUGCCCGUACAUGCAGUCUCGUAUUCAUUGUACUAGAUGUAUUGAAACCACUACAACACAAAAAGCUGUUAGAACAUGAGUUAGAAGGUUUUGGGCUGCGGCUGAACAAACAACCACCUAAUAUAUACUUUAGAAAGAAAGACAAAGGUGGAAUCAAUUUGAAUACUACUUGCCCCCAAACUGAGUUGGACGCGGAAGCUGUAAAGACGAUACUCUCUGAAUAUAAAAUACAUAAUGCUGAUAUUACACUAAGGUAUGAUGCGACAAGUGAUGAUCUUAUUGAUGUCAUUGAAGGAAAUAGAAUUUAUGUGCCCUGUAUCUACUUGUUGAAUAAAAUUGAUCAGAUCAGUAUAGAGGAAUUGGAUGUUAUCUACAAGAUACCCCAUUGUGUACCUAUUUCCGCUCAUCACAGAUGGAACUUUGAUGAUUUAUUGGAGAAAAUGUGGGAAUAUUUGAAACUGAUUAGGAUAUAUACAAAACCCAAGGGACAGUUGCCAGAUUACAACUCACCUGUUGUGUUGCAUGCUGAUAGAACAAGUGUUGAAGAUUUUUGUAAUAAACUCCAUAGGUCUAUUGUGAAAGAGUUUAAAUAUGCCCUGGUAUGGGGUUCUUCAGUGAAGCAUCAGCCGCAGAAAGUUGGUAUUGAACAUGUUUUGGCAGAUGAAGAUGUUGUUCAAAUUGUGAAGAAAGUGUAAAUACAGAUGAUGGUGCUAACACUGAUGUAUCAAAAACUAAAACAUAAAAAUAAAAUUUCCCUUCAUACAUAAAACUGUAUCAGUUCCAUCCGUAUUGUGUAAGUACUCUUUCGUCUCUUUCUAACUAAUUGUGUUAACACUGAGACAAAAAGAGACAAAUGAAUACUUUAGUGAAUAUGAUAUAAUAAUACUGUUUUAUUUAUGAAUAAUGGGGGUAAUAAUAGGGACUAUAAAUAUGACAACUCUAUGAAACAAAUAUUAUUAAGAUCUAUGCAUGCCUGGUUGCUGUAAUGGUGCUUUGUUUACAUUUAUUGAUAAUAAAAUUCAAAAUUAUUAAUUACAUAUUAGUAUAGUAACAUUAAUUCAAUCAUUAUUUCAUUGAUCGAAAGAAAAUAUCCCAUUAUAUGAGUCUUCGCAGCAUAUAACGAAUUUCAAAUGACUAUCGACCUCAAAAUAUGAUCUCAGACUGUUAUAGAUACCGGCAGCAAAUGUUCUUGCCUGCACAGAAGCGAUUGUAUAAUAAAAGUUAUUAUAUGCAUCUAAAUCAUUUGAGUGACAACCCGAAUACAGUGCCACAUACUUUUGUUGGCUGGUAAGAGCGUCGCUAUUGCCAGUAAAAAUCAAAUUACCGUUAUAAGGGGAAUAAUUUGAAGUCAUGCGGGCUAACUUAAUUAUUUAUUGAAAUGCCUCUGAAUGAAAUGAAAUAAAAAAAUGUAUAUCUAGAAAGUACAAUACAACUUAGGAACAACUGAUAUUAUGAUUUUUUAUCAAUAGUACCGGUAUAUAAUAUCUUUUAAGAUACUUACCUAGCAAUCAGAACCGCUUGAUAAUUAAAACUUUGUCAUUGAAAUUAAUAAUGGAAGGAAUAAAAAUAAAUGUUUUAGUUGGAUUUUUAUUAAAUGUUGGUAGAUUGUUAAAUUAUUUAUUGUAUGCACAAAAAUGGUGACGGUUGUACCUGUACCUUGUAAUUUCAACGGCCGGCCAAGAAAUGUAUGUGGCAGUACACUUUGUAUACUUUGGUUUAGUUCCAAAUACGCCCACAGAGCGCUGUUUUUCUUUUCUUUUAAAAGCUACUUAUCAAUUAUAUGUAUUGCACUAAUUGAUUAUAUGUAUCUUAAGUUUAUAUUAGUAAAUAUAUUAUACAUACAGUAGAUUAAAAAAAAUAUUACCGAUGCUAAACAUGAUAACAAAUGUACAUCAGAAUCAGCACCGUUGAAUAUUGUAUGAAAAUUUCUUUAAACAAAUUCGUAAUAAAUAAGGGAAAAAUAUUAAAUUGUAAUUAUUUACAAAAAAGGAAUUUCUAAAAUAAUUAUGUGAAAUUACCUAGAAGUUGCAUGAAAUCAAGCAGUCGACUUUUAUUUUUGUGAACUUAAAGUUACAUGAAAUAAGCAACCCCUGUAAGUGUUAUAAGGAUUGUUAUUUGUAAUAAAAUUAUUUAAACAUG